UACCCAAAUUCCUCAGCAAAUUUUCCAAGAUUCUUCCCUUUCUCUAUCUCUAUCAGUAACAUUUACAUAGUUGUGUUUUCGCUCUGCUAAUUUUCUCUCUCUAGCCCCCCUUUUUUCUUACAAUUUCACAAACACCCACGAAUCUUUCUCUCUCUUCUGGUCUAGUAAAUAUAAACACUACCCAUUUUCUGCUCUGUUCAGCUCAUAACUGGUUGUCUCAAUUUCUGCAUUUAAACAUAUAGUAGUAAUUAAAACAGUGCUUACAAUCACAUAUGCACAUGCUCUUCUCUGUGUGUGUGUGUGUUUGUGAGGUGAGUGGCAACUUCUAUCGUUUUCUUGAAGGAAGCCCUCGUGAAGUUCAUGUGAAACUAUGGUAUACAAAGAGAUCUGAGAAAAAAGUAAACCAAAAACAAAGACCUUUUUAUGAUAGUAACGGGUCACUUGCUCCUUAGCCACUACACUAGAACAACUAGUUUCUCUCUUGAUUCAGGUGUUGUUCGAGAAGAAAAGUGGGGCUGCUUUGUUAUUGUCGAAUCACUGUUUGGUGUCUGUGAGUAUUUGAGUUAAAUAUACUGGGGUGCGGACAGUUUGGAAUCUUUAUGCUAUAGUUGAGAUGAGUUUUUGUUUUCGCUUUGUUUUCUUUGUUGGGUAGUAAGCAAGAGUGGCAGCUGGCUAAUUGGAUUUUUAUUGCCUAAUGAUUUGGUUUAAGAUUUUUCUGCUUGGGAAUUUUAGCAGUCACUGGACGUGAGAUUGGUUAAUUGUGAAGGUGUAUAAUAGUUGCCGGGUGUGGUUGAUAGUCUUGGAAGGUGAAUCUUUGAGGAAUUGAGUUUGAUUAGGUCAUUAUUACUUGGUUCUGGGGUGUUACUAAUGAGAUUUUACUGGUGAGUUUGGAAGACAUUUUAAAGUUGGAUUUUUUUUUGGGCAUAAUUGAGAAGAUUUAGAGAGAGAAUGAUGCAUUGGUUGAAGUCUAAUCAUAAUUCAAGAAUAUUUCCGUUUUUGGAUCAAUAUAUGUACUGAUCAUGACCAGGGCUGUCCGUGACCGGAUUCUUAAGGAUGCAAAUGGAAACAUUAGUGAUCACCUACGAAACCACAUACAUUUGACAAAUUGUAUUCAUUUGAAGAACCACAUGCAUAAGCAGAGCCCCAUCUUGGGUGACAGGUCCCUUAUGAGGGAGCUUGUUGUCCUUCAGAGGUCAAGGUCGUUGAGGGAUCCUUCUGCAAGUCCACCCUCAUGGCAUUCUCCUUCUGUUGUCGAUGCCCUUCUUAAAACAAGUGAAAGGAGGGAUGCUGUUGUCAGCAGUGGUAGGCGGUCUCUAGGCGUAGACCGGCCUAUGAAUGCUAGAGGUUUAUCUGGAAGCUCACCUCCUUUAGCUGGCCGAUCGACAUCUAGAGUCGCUUCUGCAGAGAUUAAUACUGAGCGAGUAGCAGGGGCUCCGAGUGACCGAAGUAGCAAGAGUGGAAUUCGAGAGCGGAGGAGAGUUAGGAGAGAAGAAUCAAGCGGUAGGAAUCUGGGAACUGACUUCAAGGAUGAGCGUCCAGAUGAUUUGGUGCACAAUACUGUUUCAGAGAACUCUGAACUAAGGGAUAGAAUUAGCAAUGAAAUAGAGAGGCAGAGGUGUGAUGAUCGAAUAAGGACCCUCUCUGAGCAAUUAAAUAAUGUUCCAAUGGACAGUGAUGAGGUAGCUUCUUCUCAUGGAAGGCAAACUCGUAAUGAGAAAUUUGCAGUGCAAGCGGAGGCAACCACUCGUGGCUAUGGCAGUAGCAGAGUAAAACAGCGCAAGUUUCGACGGGCAAGAAGAGCUCGGGCUUCUGUUCCUUCAAGAGAUGCUCUUGCCCACAAUGAAAUGUCUGUGGCCUCAAAUUCAUUAGGUCAAGCUUCAGCUCACCAAAAAUAUCAUGCAGAAGAGUGCUACGAAGAGUAUGCCAACCAGAAUGUGGCAAGGGCUCCAAGGAAUGGAUGUGGAAUUCCUUGGAACUGGUCAAGGAUUCAUCAUAGGGGAAAAUCAUUUCUUGACAUGGCAGGUAAGAGCUUAUCUUGUGGUUUGUCUGACCCAAGGUCAAAAAGAAGUGGUAUUGGUCACAGAGGGAGGGACUCUGCUGAUAUGCCAAUAAUGUCCGAAUACUCGAGUUCAUCUAGUCAAUCUGAGGCAGAGGCGUUGCCCUUACUACUGGAUGCUUCAAAUUCUCAGGGAAGUACAGACAAUCCUGCUUGGGUUCACAAUUAUUCGGGAGAGUUGGGUAUCUAUGCUGACAAUUUGCUAAAGCAAGAACUUGACUCGGAUCUUGCUUCGGAAGCUAGAUCAGGUCAGAAACACAAAUUUCGUAGGCGUGGCAAUAGUAGGCACCAGAGUCUAACACAAAAGUAUAUGCCAAGAACUUUCCGGGAUCUGGUAGGACAGAAUUUAGUUGCACAAGCUCUUUCAAAUGCUGCUGUUAAGAGAAAGGUUGGCUUGCUUUAUGUUUUCUAUGGGCCCCAUGGAACAGGAAAGACCUCAUGUGCCCGCAUAUUUGCAAGGUCAUUAAAUUGCCAAUCGAUUGAGCAUCCCAAGCCUUGUGGGUUUUGUGAUUCUUGCGUUGCACAUGAUAUGGGAAGGAGUCGGAAUAUAAGGGAAAUAGGUCCUGUCAGUAAUUUUGAUUUUGAGAAUAUGAUGGAUCUUCUUGAUAAUAUGAUUGUUUCCAAACUGCCAUCCCAGUAUAGGGUUUUUAUUUUUGAUGAUUGUGACACACUGUCACCUGAUUGUUGGAGUGCUAUUCUAAAGGUCGUCGAUAGAGCCCCUAGGCGAGUCAUUUUCAUGCUUGUAUCCUCAAGUCUUGAUGUCUUGCCUCAUAUAAUCAUAUCUAGGUGCCAGAAAUUCUUUUUUCCCAAGUUAAAGGAUGCGGAUAUCAUCUAUACUUUGCAGUGGAUAGCAACCAAAGAAGAUCUUGAAAUCGAUAAGGACGCACUCAAGCUUAUUGCAUCAAGAUCAGAUGGAUCGUUGAGAGAUGCUGAAAUGACUCUUGAGCAAUUGAGUUUGCUUGGGCAGAGAAUCUCUGUUCCUCUUGUGCAGGAGCUGGUUGGACUUAUAUCUGAUGAGAAAUUAGUGGACCUACUUGACUUGGCGUUAUCUGCAGACACUGUCAAUACGGUGAAACAUUUGAGGGAGAUCAUGGAAUCUGGUGUCGAACCCUUAGCUUUAAUGUCGCAACUUGCUACAGUCAUAACUGAUAUACUUGCAGGGAGCUAUGACUUCACAAAAGAAAGGCCUCGGAGGAAGUUCUUUCGCCGCCAAGCAUUAUCAAAACAGGAUAUGGAAAAAUUGCGUCAAGCUCUGAAAACACUGUCUGAAGCUGAAAAGCAGCUGAGAAUGUCAAAUGACAGACUUACCUGGCUUACAGCUGCAUUGCUGCAACUUGCUCCAGACCAGCAGUAUAUGUUGCCCAAUUCCUCUGCAGACACUAGUUUUAUUCAAAGUCCACUAGGCUUGAAUAAUGCAGGGGGAACGGAAAGACCCAGGAAAAGUAAUGUUGAGCAUGCUGACUUGCCACACAAAGACACAAAAGGUAGGGUAGAAAACUUUCAAGCUGGAAGUUCUGGUGAUAUUUACUCUGACUCCAGGAUGAAAGGUGUUUGCAUUGGUGGAAAAGGGCAUAAUGGAGCUGGAGUAUUUGCUCAGAAGGCUUAUAGCGUCUCUAGUGAUAAAAAUCGAAUGAGCAGUGGCCAGCUUCCUGAUAAGUUGCACCAUGAUAUUGAAGAAAUAUGGUUAGAAGUGCUUCAAAAUAUCGAAAUAAAUGGCUUAAAAGAGUUCAUGUAUCGAGAAGGGAAGCUUACCUCACUCAGCUUUGGAGCAGCUCCAACAGUGCAGUUACUCUUCAGCUCACAUCUGACGAAAUCUAAGGUAGAGAAAUUCAGGGGUCAUAUUUUACAAGCUUUUGAGUCUGUUCUUGGAUCCCCAGUGACAAUAGAAAUCAGAUGUGAAUCGGGGAAAGACGUCAGGGCUGGACCAAUGGUCUUGUCUGCAUCUCAUAUAGGUGCAAGCCCCAGCAUUUAUGGUAAUGGGAUGAGAAUGGCAGGUCCUGAUGAAAACACCAGGACGCAAGUAAAUGUCAGAGAAGGUUUGGCUUUUGCAAAGCUUGACUCAAGAGGAAUAGGUGAUAGCGAGAUAAUUGAAGAGGAAGCUUCUCCAAGAGAAUUAAAACACCAUGGUCAGAUCGACAACAAUACACGAUCUGAUUUGCCGGGAGGGACAAUGUCUAUAGCAAAAAAUUCAUCCACCUCCAUACCUGAACGAAGAAAAUCAGGGGAUAGAAGCCAGAGUUUGAGCCUAGUUAAGAGCAAGGUAUCUCUUGCCCACGUAAUUCAGCAGGCAGAAGGAUAUACGCAACCAAGUAGCUGGUCAAAACGCAAGGCUGUUUCUAUUGCUGAAAAGCUUGAACAAGAGAAUUUGAGAUUAGAGCCAAGAUCAAGGAGCUUGCUUUGCUGGAAGGCUAAAAGAAUCACCCGCCGAAAGCUUUCGCGAUUGAAAACAAGAAGUAGGAGGCCGAAGAGCUUACUGAAGUUGGUUUCUUGUGGGAAGUGCCUCUCUGGUAGGUCUCCAAGGUAGUAGUGAGUCAAAAAUGAAUGUAUCAGAAAACUUAGGGGCAGAUUUUCAGUUUUAGUCAUUCUAUUUGUUCAGGUCAAUCUUUGUUAAGAGGGUCAAUUUCAUUUUUCCAAUAAUAAAGUAGAACAUGAAAAAUGGAAGAUGUAACAUUAUUAAUAUAGCCUUUUAGUUUCUAGCCUUUUUCUUUUAGAUGUCUAAAAUAGUUUUGGGAGUAAUCUCAGGUGCAAGACUCAUCUACAUUUUUUUUUAUUGGCAACCAGUUCUCCUUUGCCAGA